AUGGGUGGCUUUCGCGCUGUCGAAGAUCGUCCUACGCCUAAGGAGGUGUACAACUGGCGACUAUACACCGAAGCUGCUAUCAUUGCUACAGGAUCGCUUCUGUUUGGCUACGAUUCUGCCUUUGUAGGCACCACAAUUGCCCGCGAUAGCUUCAAGCGCGACUUUAACAUCCAACCAAACGAGUCGGCUGAUAUCUCGAGUAACAUCACCGCCACCUUCCAAGCUGGUGCCUUUUUCGGCGCUAUCAUUUGCUUCCUAAUCACGGAGAAAAUUGGUCGCAAGUGGGCUCUUCAAGUCAAUGUCGUUGUCUUUCUCAUCGGCGCCAUAUUGAUGACGGCCGCUACCCAUCAAUUGUCUUAUAUCUACGCCGGUCGUGCCCUCACAGGAAUCGCAUGUGGUGCCAUCACCGCCACAGUCCCCAGCUACAUCGCCGAGCUCUCCAUCGUUUCCAUCCGCGGUAUCCUGACCGGUCUUUUCGAAGUAACCUACCAAACCGGCUCUUUGAUCGGAUUCUGGAUCAACUAUGGCAUCAACCAGAACAUGGACCCCUCCUCUACGGCGGCAUGGCGUGUCCCCAUGGCAGUUCAGAUCAUCCCCGCUGCUAUUCUGUUGGUUGGCGGUUUCUUCCUCCACGAGAGUCCUUUGUGGUUGAUGCGCAAGAAUCGUGAGGAGGAGGCGACACAGGCUCUUGAAAGUCUUCGCCAGAUCCCUCGCGAUCACAAGUAUCUCCAGGAGGACCUUGAUAUGAUCAGAAAUCGUCUUGCUGAUGAGGCUCGAGUUGCUAGUCGGUUUGGAACAGGCCCUUGGGCUCUUUUCCGAGGUGCUGUCUCUGAACUCACUCGCAAGGGAAUGCGAAACCGUGUUAUCCUUGUGUUCUGCUCUUUCGCUCUGCAGAAUAUGUCUGGUGCUGCUGCUAUUAACUACUACUCCCCUACUCUGUUCGGCUCUCUUGGUAUCAAGGAUGUUGCGCUGUACACUGGCGUUUACGGCCUUGUCAAGGCGGUCGCAUCUAUCAUCUUUUACGGUGCACUCAUCGACAUGUGGGGACGACGAAACCCUACCAUCAUCUCAUCCGCCAUGUGUUCAGUUUGUCUCUGGAUCGUCGGUGCCUAUGUCAAGAUUGGACAUCCUGCUACCAUUAUUGCCGAGGGCAAGGAUCUUUCUCCGUCGACAGCUGCUGGUGGUAAGGCUGCGACAGCUAUGAUCAUGAUCUACUCUGUUUUCUGGUCUUUCGGUCUGAACGGUAUUCCCUGGAUCGUCUCGGCAGAGAUUUUCCCUGGUGCCCUCCGUACAUUGACAGGCACAUAUGCGGCUUGCGUUCAAUGGCUCACUCAAUUUGCCAUCACCAAGGCCCUGCCUUAUAUCUUCAAGUCUUUCGGGUACGGAACCUGGUUCUUCUUCGCAUGCUGGAUGAUCACCGCCACCGUGUGGGCCUUCUUCUUCCUCCCUGAGACCAAGGGAAAGACCCUCGACGAGAUGGAUAUCAUGUUUGGAUAUGUCCACGAUCGGGCCCCAAGUCAGCAUGACGAUAUGGCGAAGACUGGAGCACAGGCAUCAGUGAUCGAGCACAAGGAAGACAAUGUUUAA